AUUCUCACUCCUCUCAGCUAUUUUGUGUUUAGAAAAAGAAAAGAAGAGAGAGAGAUGGAAGAAGGGAAGAAGAAGUUAUACGGAGAUGUGAUGCCAUUUUCGGUGAUGGUGAGUAUGGAAUGCUUGAACGUGGGUUUGAACACUCUGUUCAAGGCUGCGACCCUUCAUGGGAUGAACAACCGUGUCUUUGUGGUUUACGCUUAUGGAGUCGCCGCUAUUGCCCUUCUUCCUUCUCCUUUCAUCUCUCACAGAUCAAAAGUCCUUCCUCCAGUUUCCUUUUCUCUCAUCUGGAAAGUAUUCCUUCUUGGGGUUAUUGGGUGUGCGUCUCAAGAGAUGGGUUAUACUGGAAUCAAUUACAGCUCUCCUACGCUUGCUUCCGCCAUGAGCAAUCUCAUCCCAGCUUUCACUUUCAUCCUUGCCAUCAUCUUCAGGAUGGAAACGCUUGAAUUCAAGAGCAGGAGCACUCAGGCUAAGAUCAUGGGCACUAUGAUUUCUAUAAUGGGAGCAUUCGUGGUCACUAUGUACAAGGGACCGGCCAUCAUAGUAACUCGUUCGCCGGAGAUAAACCUCCAACUCCGACUUCAGAAGCCGUCAGACUGGGUCCUUGGCGGUAUUUGUCUAAUGGGAGAGAAUAUUAUGGUCCCAAUGUGGUACAUUCUUCAGACACAAAUCAUGAAGGAAUACCCAGAUGAAACGAGCGUGAUCUUCUUCUACAACCUGUGCGUUAGCAUCUUAGCCGCAUUCGUUGGUCUCUUUACAGAAAGGGAUGUCAAUUCUUGGCGAAUUGGGCUCAAUAUCGGAUUGGCCUCUGUUCUCUGUUCGGGAGUUUUUGGAUCAUUCUUGAAUAAUGUGAUCCAUUCAUGGGCAUUGAGGAAGAAGGGGCCUGUCUAUGUUACCAUGUUCAAGCCAUUGUCCAUAGCCAUUGCUGUUGCCAUGGGAGUCGUUCUUCUAGGCGACACGCUCUAUCUUGGGAGCAUUGUUGGGGCAAUGAUUAUAUCAGUCGGGUUUUACACGGUGAUGUGGGGAAAAUCGAAGGAAGAGAUAGUAGUAGGAGUAGGAGGAGAGAAACCACUAACAAUUGGCGACCCUGAAACUGCUUCAUCUAAAGUACCUCUUCUUCUGGACAGUAACAACUCUUCUUCGUUGGAAGAAGUAUAGAUUGAAAAAUAUAUAAUGGUUGAAAUAAGAAGUUGUUAAGUGUAUGAUAAGUAGUUUAUAAUUUACAUGAUGCAUAUAUGUGUUGUAGUAUAAUCCUAGCUAGUGAUCUUUUAGGAAUAUGAAGUGAACAUGAAAACUAUUGAAUUGGUUGCUCAAUCCCAAUUGAAAGAACCCAAAGAAGAAGUUUUUUGGUUCAAUUCU